CCCGUAUCUAAACUUAACUGGGAAGGUAUGAUAACUUAUUUUUGACAUUUGCAAUUCUAGAGUUUGAAGAUCUAAACCCUCUCGAUCAACGAAUUCAAUAUUUCUUGAGAGAGAGAGAAUGCACGGGAUACCGCGCAAAGCCCCAACUCAGGAAGAGCGAGAUGACUCGUCUCUCAGAGCCGCCAAACUUCGCGAUCUCCAAUCUCAACUCCUCCACUUUCACCACAACAAAAUAUACACGAAAGAAGCGAUAGAAACCAGUGCGAAGCUGUUGGAAUCAAAUCCCGAGCAUUACACCGGUUGGAAUUACCGGAAGCUCGCGGUUCAGCACCUUCUCGAUCGACACAAGGAGGAUGGAGUUGAUUCGGAGUCGGCCCAAUCAAUUCUUGAUGAAGAGUUGAUACUUGUAGAGAACGCAUUGAAGAGAAACUUUAAGGCUUAUGGGGCGUGGCAUCAUCGCAAAUGGGUCCUAAGCAAGGGUCAUUCAUCCUCGGACAGGGAAUUGAGGCUUCUGGGAAAGUUCCAGAAACUGGACUCCCGGAAUUUCCACGCAUGGAAUUACAGGAGGUUUAUAACAGAACUGAAGAAGAUUCCAGAUGAAGAUGAACUUCAGUACACGACUGACAUGAUAUAUGAUAAUUUUAGUAAUUAUUCUGCCUGGCAUAACCGAAGCAUGCUUUUGUCUAAACUACUUGAGAAAAGCGCAAAAGGAUAUGACAAAAAAGAGAAUGUCUUGAGUGAGGAGUUUGAGUUUGUACGCAAUGCUCUCUUCACAGACCCUGAUGAUCAAAGUGGCUGGUUUUAUCAUUUGUGGCUUCUGGAUCAAACAUUGAAGCGGGAGCCUCUAUUUAUUUCUUCAUGGCCUCCUCAUGGUUCUAAUCUAUCUUUAUCAAUUGAUAACCCCGAUCGCCAGCCUCCUUUCUCCAAGAUAUAUUUCCAGUCUAAAGAACGAACGUUUCCCCUCAUUUUAUAUUUCAGUGAAGCAGUUGAAGGUGUUAGCUCAUCUACAGUCACUGUUGAAUUUGAUUAUGAUGCUGGUGAUGGUCUUAUUUGGCGACCACUUUCGGCAAAUAAACUUGGGUUUUCCCAGGCUUGGUUAACUUACAUUAAGUAUCCUGAUGAUUCCUUGGAGUCCUGCCAUGUAAAGGUUACCAUUGCACACUUUCCCAGUAUUAUCUCUUCAAGUGGUAUGCCAUGUAGUCGGUCUUGUUUUAUAUCUUUCACUGUGAAUGUAUGUUCAAACGAUCAAGGGCAUUCUGAGGUGCCAACUAAACAUAAAAUAUCAUGGAAUGAGGAGAAUUUUAAAGCUCAUUCUACCCAAUCUCCAGAUGCAAACUUGCUUCCCUUACUUCGUAAAUUGGACAUUGCAAAGGAGAAUAAGAAAACCACUCCUAUGUUGUGUAUGGAGACUAUAUCUAAUGAAAUUGCUCACAGCCGGGAACUGUUGUCAUCAUCAAAUUGUAAAAUUGGAAAACUUACUCUUGCAAGACUCUUGGUGGCGCAUAACACAUUGAUCACAUAUGGCUGCACGGAUUCCAGAACUGAGGCUCAUUAUGAAGAAAUUCUUGCACUUUAUCAUGAUUUAAUAAAGAUGGAUCCUGCACAUAUUGGUUAUUAUGAGGAUGAGUACAGCAUAGUGCUAAUGAAGCAGCUGACUUCAAAUAAUGAGUCUUUAUUGAAGCUCUGUGGUAAUUAUCAAGAAUUGUCCUUGCCAAGUAUUAGUUCUUAUACAUGUGUACGGCUAAAGGGCCUCUCAUUGUCACGAGUUUCAUGUAUGGAGCACUUGCUGUGGGUUCAAAUGUUGGAUCUCAGCCACAACAAACUCAGAUCAAUUGAAGGGUUGGAAGCUCUGCAACUACUGUCCUGCUUGAAGCUUAGCAACAACAGGCUUGGCAGUUUUACAGCUCUGGAACCAUUGAAAAUGCUAAAGUCAUUACAAGUAUUGGAUGUAUCAUACAACGAGAUUGGCGCUCACUCUAUCGACACAAGAAGAUAUCUGUGCUCGUCUCCCCUCAAUGAUACUACGGGAUCCGAGUGGCACUUGAAGAGAUAUGCUGAUUUCUGGGAUGCUUAUCUACUCUUCAAGGACUUGAAUUUGAUACAAUUAGAUAUUGUGGGAAAUGCAGUGGUGGAUGCAAGAUUGAAAGCGUUUCUGCUCAAGUUGAUGUCAACACUCAAGUGGUUUGAUGGUGAGAGAUGCCAUUAGAUCUGUGAUAACUCAACUCAAAUUUUAUUCUUCAACUAUACCAAAAACAACUGAUCGGAAACUAGUUAAGAGUUGGUUUUUAACAACACGUUCCAUCUAUUUAUUGCUCUGUAAUGUAAUAUACGUGUGAAAAACAACCCAACCAGAAUGAAUUGAAUUAACUGAAUGCUUUAUUUUCUUUAA